GUCCGUAAAUAUAAUUUCAUAUGCAUGCAUUAAAUUGACCUUUGUUUUAAUUACGGGAAAAUAACACAACAGCUGCUGAGGAGUUAAAGCCUGACUGAAAACUGUUUCAAAGCUCUGGUAUCAACGCCUUGCAACGGAAGCAUACCUCUGUCUUCCCAUACAGUACAUGUAGUAAUACAUGUAAAAGAGCCUGUAAAGGAAAACCUGUGGCUUCCAGUCCCGGAAAUACCAUCCAAGUCUUGUCCGACAGAGAGUGAGACACCAUGAUUAAACGCAAACUGAGCUUCAAGUGGUUCGGAAGUCUCGUCAACCUCCGGCGGAAAUCCGAAUCCCAAAAGGAUGAAUCUGAAGUCAAAGCGGUGUCGGCCGAUGAUAUGGGCAUGCACACACGGAGUGCCGGAUAUGCCAACUCCAGUGAAAUGUGCACCCACGUGGGCACAAUGCCACGUCAUUCAAAGAAAGAGAAAAGCUUAAAGAAGAGCAAGUCCAAGGACAAGAUCGCGCUGGGCCGGAGUCAGAGCAUGAGACCUAAACAAGAUGAUGUGGUUGACUCUCCUCUUCUCAGUGUUCUUUCUGGAAAAGGUCUUGAGGCUCUGGAUGAGCGCAUCAUUGAAGGAACAACUGCUGUGGAGACAAAAGAUGCUCAUAUUCAAAACCGGGAUCUUCCUUCUCCACCAACUUGGCAUGGACUCUCAAGCGAGCAGGUUACUGCAGAAAAGGAGCCGGUCAUUGAUCAGUCAGAUCCAUGUCCGCAAACUUCAGGUGUCGGACCACCAGACUUAUGUUUGACCAAAGACUCAAAUGUUCAACCGGUGCUGCCCAUGAAGAGACAAAAGACAGAUGUCUCAAUGAAGGGCACUGCUGAUCUCCAAUCAGUUCAUUCGCCUCUGAAGAUGGACAGCCAGAUGGAAGAGAAGAAACCAGUUGAGGAAGAUGCUAAUAAAAAAGAUACCAAAGAGCCAAACAGGCAGCUGGACACCAUAGACAGUCAAGGAGAAUAUGUAGAGUUCUCCAAAGAGAAGUAUCUGCUGGAGUCUCCACCGGAGAAACUGAAGAAAGAGCUGGAGGAGGAACUCAAGCUCAGUAGCAGUGAUAUGAGGAGCCACGGCUGGUACCAUGGCCAUAUUCCACGAGAGGUCGCAGAAACCGUGGUAUCACGUAGCGGCGAAUUCCUUGUCCGGGACUCCCUGUCCACCGUGGGCGACUAUGUCCUGACGUGUCGCUGGCAGCAGGAAGUAGUUCAUUGUCGGAUAAGUAAAGUUCUGGUCAAGAGCGGGCAAACCAAAAUCCAGUACAUGCUGGAAAACGAGAGCUUUGACUCAGUGCCCACGCUGGUCAGGCACCAUGCCGGCACGGGCCGGGCCGUAUGCCCACGCACCGGAGCCCAGCUGCUGUGUCCGGUCAACCGAACGCUGCCACUGAGAUACGUGGAGGCGACGUUUGCUUUAGCCGGUGGGAGACCAGGAUCUGCACAUUCGCCAUCAAGCCAGAGGGGGGCGCACAUCAAAAGGCGCAGCGUUACUAUGACCGACGGAUUAACGACGGAAAAGAUAAUUCCUCACAGCCCCUCUACUGUACAUCAUAAGGAUGCUAUGAGGAACUGCGCCAUGAGUAUGGAUCAGAUACAAGAGUAUCGUCGCCCCCUGUCCCCUGUUGGAGAGUCUCCCCUAUCCCCUGCCUACACCGCCAUGUCCCGCCACAGACAUGGCUCAGGUGGGCGUAUCCUUGCCGUAAUCCCGCCCUCCCCUGUGAUGCGACGCUCUAGUGAUCCCAAUCUCUCACCCUCCUCCUCCAAUAACAACCUUCAUUGCUCAGAGACUCCCCCUAGCAUCCACUCCACGCCUGUCCCCCAUGGGUACCCCUCCGAGAGUUCGGAACCCGGGGGCAGCUACUGUGAGUUGAGACCCGGACAAGCCCCCACGCCACCCUCUAAGAGUUAUGUGGAGAGGCUGAGAGUAGAGGAGGGCCAAAGCCAAGGCUCUGGAGCGAAUGAAGGGGUAGACGGCUUCAUGCUCCCUCUAGUGGAGACCAGCUCUUCAUUCAAGCCAGGAAAAUACCAGUCGACUCUUCUGCCGGCAGAAAACAAGCCACUGGAGAUGAGCGUGUUGAAGAAAGUCAAGGAGCUGUUGGCGGAGGUGGAUCCAAAGACAGCCGCCAAGCACAUUACUCUGGCAGACUGCACGGUUGCUAGGAUACUGGGCGUUACCAAGGAGAUGCAGAGGAUGAUGGGAGUGAGCUCAGGGCUGGAGUUGCUGACUCUUCCGCAUGGACACCAGCUGCGGCUGGACCUACUGGAAAGGUUUUACACCAUGUCUAUAAUGAUGGCGGUUGAUUUGCUCGGCUGUACGGGCAGCACGGACGAAAGAGCCGCCUUGCUUCAUAAGACCAUCCAGCUAGCUGCUGAACUCAAGAGCAACAUGGGCAACAUGUACGGAUUUGCCGCAGUCAUGAGAGCCCUGGAGCUGCCGCAGAUCUCACGGUUGGAGCAGACAUGGAUGACACUGAGACAGAGACACACUGAAGGUGCCAUUCUCUAUGAGAAGAAACUCAAGCCCUUCCUCAAAGCCAUCAAUGAUGGCAAAGAGACCUGUGUGCUCUCCAACACCUCCUUCCCUCACGUGGUGCCAGUUUUGUCCCUGAUGGAGCGUGGGGUGGCGGCAGGGGAGGCCCUGGAGUCAUGGGAGAGUGUGGAGUCUGGGGUGGAUGUGGUCAUGAGCCAUCUGGAAGCAGCACGCACCAUCGCUCACCACGGAGGACUUUAUCGCACCAACGCCGAGAGCAAACUGCAAGACUUCCAGGAGCGCAAAGAGGUGCUGGAAAUCUUUUGUACCGAGUUUCAGAUGAGGCUUUUAUGGGGCAGUCGUGGCUCAGAAGGCAGCCAGACCGAACGCUAUGAAAAGUUCGAUAAAGUCCUCACUGCUCUUUCCCAUAAGCUAGAACCUCCUGUACGACACAGUGAAUUAUAGCACGCUGACCACGCCCCCCAGCCACAAAUGGUAUGAUCCUUCACCUUUAUGUCACUCUUACUCCUGGACCGGACUACUCUGUUUUUGGGGGAAGCGGAGAUUAAAAUAACCAGGGAAUGACUUGUUGUCCAAAACGAGGCACAAAAGGGCACAGGCAAAAUGCGAGCAUGACAGCGCCCCCUUAAGUACACAGACAUAAACUGCAGCAAUGGAAUGAAUCAAAAUCUAAAGCCAAAACAUCAGUCAUGGGAGAAAACCCAGGAAAGCAUAUUCUUUUUCGAAUGCACUUCCUUUUCACAUAAGAGAAUGUGGUAAUGUUGACUCACUUAAUUCCUGUUUUCUGUGAAUCUACGUCAAUAAUGCGAACAAAGACGUUGUCAUUUGCUCCUCUCUCUCUAUUGAAGAUAAUACUUCAUGGUUUACUGCUGGAACAGACUACUCACUCACCUGUCAAAUAUCUGAAUGUAUGUUGCCAAAUCAUAUAAAUUUAAACCGAUACCUGCUGGAUAAAGAGUCUUAUUUUUAUGCUAUUCGUUUUGUUUUGAUAUAUAGUGUGUUUUUUUUUUUUUUUGGUUGUUAUGAAUGUUAAGAAUUGAGCAGACACCAAUUGUGAAUGUUUAAAGACCCCAUGAAAUACAUUUAGUUACAAUGUUGACUUAAAGUGAACAUAUACAUCUUAAAUGUACAGUCUUAUGGUGCAUUCUCGCCAGCCACGGUAGAGGUGGCAAAAACACGCUAUUUGCGCAUAGUUGGACGCUUAAACAUUUGAGUUCACUCGCUUCAUUCGCGCAUAAAAAAAACGCGCGUGAAAUUCUAGUCAUUCGAGACGCAGAAAUUCGCGUCAUAGGAGGGGCUUCUGCGACUCCGCUGAGACUUCGCCACUCCGCUCGCUUCCUGUAUUCACGUCACUACCACAGCAAGGCGGAAAUCCGCCGAAAAUCGUGCAUUUCUCGCAGCAACGCUCAAUUCGCGCGGAAUGCGCCAUCCGCGCCAUUCGUACCGCCCUUACGCGUGUACCGUGCCGCAGGAUGCCUAACCGCCUCUUUGCAUUGACUUAACAUGUAAAUCACUUGCGCUUGCCACAUCUGGUGUAAACGCAGCAUUAGAUUGGACUUAUUGAUUGACUCAUACCACAUUCCAACGACUAGCAAUAGCAAGUAGCAAAUAAUGAUUAGCCCCGCUGUGGUGUAAAUUAAGGUGAUUGACUCUAUAUUUGUGACCCUGUCAGUGUAAUCCAGGCUAAAGUUUCAUAAUCUAACUAAUAUGAUAUUAGCAUCAAAGUAAUACAAUUCAGUUUUUACUCAAGGUAUCAGGGUUAUAUUUUUACAAAUUGUAGGAUGAUUUUAUGUAGAAAACAAUAAAUCACCAAAAAAUUGGUUUUUAUAGACAGGUUCGCAUUUAAUCAGAAAGAACUGAUUAAUAUGUCCAACCCAACUUCCUGUUUUAGUAGUAAAUACGCCUAUUUCAUGGGGUCUUUAAUGUUUCAUUACAAAGCAUGCUUGUCAUUAUGACCAUGGCUCUGAGGUUUUUAGCUGUCUAGAUACAUAUUGUGAAUGGGACAGAAUCACGUGAAUGUCAGCUUGUACAAAAUUGUCAGAUAUAUACAUUAACCUGUUCUAACCUGUGGCCUGGACGAAAUAAUUUCAGGGUUAAAGAUCUUCAUUGGAGAGUCACCAUAAGCAAUCUCAUUAAGUCAAGCAACAUACUUAAUCUAUGUCCGGAUUUUGCUUUCUGCAAAAUAACAUUAUGGCAAUAAGUUCUACUAUAACUGACUACUUGGAUGAUUUCUUGUUAGCGGUGUUGCUAAAGCAAGCGCAUACCACUCCCAGUAACCUUGACACUUGAUUUCCCAACACCAUUUGUGUUACGGGCAACGCAAUCGAUACUUCAAACAGUGCAAGAUGCUGUUACUUUUCAAACCAGUCAGACUCCUUUUGCUUUAAUGUUUGAUGAACAGACUAAAUAGCCCAUAGUUUUACACUGAGGGGAAGGACUUGAGCCAUAGGGAUAGAUUGAGGCCAGCUGGCAUGCACCUGGAACACCUUAAUAACAUACUAACAACAACAUUACAGUAGCAAUCACAUCAUUUGCAUAUGUAAGCACCACUCACUUUGACUGAAAUCUUGUUUAAACAGAAGUUGUUUCAAUUUAAAGAAAGAGUAUAGGUGGAUGACCACAUUCAUUAGCUUGAUUUCAAAAAGUGUCGCGCGCAGUUUCCAUGUUUUGGGAGCCGAACAAAGUACCCAAAGUCACAUACAUAUACCUCUUUCAGCAGUGUAUGUUUUCUAUACUUAUUAUGGGUCCAUAAAGUGUAAAAGGUCUAUCUAUCCAGUUCUGUUGCGUUAUAUCGCGCGUCACGUUCAGGCUGCUAUAUGUCAUACCCUAUCUAUUGAUGCAUAAAACCAGGGAGUUUUCUGAAGGUAUUUUUCAGGUAUCUUAAUAAAGGCACAUCUAAAGGUAGAUGAUGCUGUCAGGAGGAUUUAAGAGAGCAUCAUAUGCAAUUCCACUUUUAGCCAGCAGAGGGCUCUGUUUAGUAAGCUCAAAAAUAAGAAAGAGGCGUAUGUUUUUUGACCUUUUCAAAGUUUUUUUUUUUUUUUAAUAUGGCCUGCUGGUCUAGGACUGUAAUUUGUGUUCUUUUUCAGUUUCUCUAUUGAAAUGUUUCUCUACUGUAAAGUGUGACUAUUUUGUUUUUGUAAAUAUUUUCCCCGAAACGGUUGGUUAUACGCGAGAUGGACGAGGUCAUGUUAUUGCAUUCUUUUAUUAUGUGCUGUACAUAAUGGUAUGUCAUGUUUUGCACUCUUUUUCAAAAAAUAAAAUACAGUAAUCUUG